AGAGAUGGAAGUCUCUUUUCCACCCCCUCCAGCUGAUGCCAGAGGGUUUCUCAUCCUUUUGCUUGGAGCCCGCUGCCGUCAGCAGAGGAGGGAGGAGGUGGGCGAGGGUUGUUCACAAAGAACGGGUCCCUGUGUUGAGUCAGGGGCUCAGAGCCACCCCAGGUGUGGUGUUGGGGGGAGGGGGAGAGGGUGUCAGCGAGAUAAGGGGGCUGGGGGCAGUUUUUGACCCCCAGCAUCACCUGUUGGGGCUGUGGGUGCUCCAGUGGGGGCUGUUCUGGUAGGGGUGGGAGCACGUUCCUGGUUCAGCUGUUACUUCGAAUUUUACACCCAGGGUGCACAGGGUGGGGUGGGGAGGGUUGGGAGGGGGAAGUUUCUUUUUAUCUAAAUUUCGAAUUUUUUUUUUUUUUUUCGGACGUAACGUUCAGAACAAUUCAAUAAAUAACUUUUUUUGGAGAAAAAAAACAAAAAAACAAACCAACCCAAAACCUUAACGAUCCGACUGUCUGAAAACGAAAUGCUUUUAUCGGGAGGAACUCCGUCCCCCCCUCCCUCAGCAUCUCAGGGGGAGGCGGGGCUGGGGGCGGUGCGCCGGGAUCGGGACUGCGCGGGGAGCGGAGCGCUGCGCACACGGAGCGGCGGCGGUGCGGGACGCUCCGCACCAUGGGCUGCGGCUGCGGGCGGCUGCUGGGCAUCGUGUGCCCGCUGCUGCUGCUGCUGCUGCUGCUGCACAUCGCCGUCGCUCAGGAGCCCAUCAGCACAGCAGGGAAGUGCAACACCAUCUACAAAGGUUUUGCUGGCUGCCUCAUCAGCCUAGGGGACAGCAUGGCCCAGAGCGUGCGGCAGCAGCGGGACGAGGAGGAGGAGGAUGGCGGCCAGGAGGCGCAAGAGUUGGACACCAUCUGCAGGUCCUGGGAUGAGUUCCAUGCCUGUGCCAGCGGGGUUCUGUCCCGCUGCCCCGAAGAAGCUGCCGCUAUCUGGGAGUCUCUACGCCAGGAAUCCCGCAAGAUCCAGUUCCAGGGAAACCUGCAGGAGCUGUGCAGUGCUCGGGGCCGCCUGGCCAGCGCCCAAGGCUCACCGCCUGCUGAGACCAACCAGGCCACGCUGCGGGGCUCAGCCCCCUACAGUCACCCCAGCAUCCUCCCCCUGCUGGCCCUGCUGCUGCUGCUGGGGGCUUGGGCAUAGCGCCGCCCUCAGCCAAGGACCCGCCGUGCACUACAGUAGGGGUUCAGCCUGGGGUCCCCACUGACCUCAGAUUGAACCCCAGCCCGGCCCCGCAGCCCUCACCCACUCCUGCAACCCUUCAGAUGGAUUUAUAUUUAUAUUAAA